AUGUCGUUUUUCAAGAAUUUGUUCAAGCAAAGAGGCAUCAAGGAUGUCGUCACCCUCUUCCACGAUCCCUCAAGCGCGGCGUCUGUUCGCGUGCACACCUUCCUGAAGCAGGCGAGCGCCAACCAGGUUGCGACUGCGACACUCGACCAGGCCAGCGAGCAUGACACGAAGAGCAAGCAGGGACGGACGGACUACGAGCUUGAAAUCCAAGAAUCGGCACCGACCGGCGACCAGCUCAACAGCAUCCUCGAAUACCUGGGCCCCGAUGCUGCUGAAACCGUAGUCGAAGGCGCGAGUGGUGCCGGCGAUGCCCUGAAGAUCUUCAAGCAGGACGAGGUCGCGCUACGACGACCGAUCGUGGUGGAUUGGAACAAUGGUCGAGCUGUUGUUGGAGAGGAUCAAAGCAAGAUUCUUGCCUUGCUCAAGGCCAUUCCCAAGGAGUAA